AUGUCCAAGAAACGCACCCUUGAUGCCUUCUUCAGCCCUGCAGUGAAGAAAACCAAAACAGAAUUUGGAACAAUAACUCCCAAUGACCUGAUUGCAGAGGAAUCUACGUAUUCAAAGCAUCAGUUCUAUCCUCAUCCCAUCAAGGACUUACCAGCUUCUCUCAGCAAGGAGCUGGUCACUUUACCAGACCAACCUGGUAGGGAAAUCAAUGACCAGCCUGAUCUGGAUCUUUUAUACUUUGAGCCUUUCAUACCGACAUCUGUAUCUCGAAGGCUCUUUGAGUUUCUCCGUGCAGAACUCCCUUUCUACAGGGUUGAGUACAAGAUCAAACGUGGUGGAAUAGAAACUCAAAUACGAACCCCAAGGUGGACGACUGUGUUUGGUCUGGACGAGACGUCCAAGUUUGACGAUAAAGGCCUUCCAGUAGACGCCAACACUGGAUCCAGAGCUUUGGACAAGAGAUAUGUCAACUACCCUCCCAGACCUAUUCCCAAAUGCCUUGAUGAGCUUCGUCGUCGGACAGAAUUGGCCACAGGAUGUGAGUUCAACUUCUGUCUUGUAAACUACUAUGCCUCUGGCUCCGACAGCAUCAGCUUUCAUAGCGACGACGAGCAGUUUCUGGGUCGAGAUCCGGCUAUUGCUUCCUUCUCACUUGGGGCACGACGCGACUUUCUCAUGAAGCACAAGCCGCCCCCUCCAAAUGCUGUAAACCCUCCUACUUUAAACGCGAAACCGCUGAAACUGCCACUGGGAAGUGGUGACAUGGUUCUGAUGAGAGGCAGAACGCAGUCGAAUUGGCUGCAUUCCAUACCGAAGCGGACAGGAAAGAAUCAAGAAGAUGGCGGAAGGAUCAACAUCACGUUCCGAAGAGCAAUGGUUAAAGGGGGAACAGACAAUUACUACAACUACAAUGUUGGGACAGGACCAGUACAUAGAUGGAAUAGGGAGGCCAGAGAGAUGUUGGCUUGGAAAUCGCGAGAAGGGAUAUAA